AUGAUCCACUGCUUCAUAAGUGGGCAGCAGGAGGAGGGGGAGAGGAUCAAGGUGCCCGAGAGCACGAGGGAGCGCGCCCAGAUGCCGACCGCCACCGACGCCCUCUGGCAACGGCGGCUGAGCGAGCAGCCCACCCGCCAACUGCGCCCCCUCACCGCACCGCUACUCCACACCCUACGCAACCUGCCCCUCGGCUUCAGGCUGUGGCGACAGGCGCGCGAGGAGCGCGGCGGGCGCGAUCCGGUAUUGGACGCGAGCGGCGGGCAGGCGAGCAGCAGCGGACUGCCGGCGGGCGGCAUGGGCGGCGGCUGCGUGGGCCGCAGCUGGCGCGGCGACUUCGAGCCGGGCCUCAUUCUUCCCAACGGCCGCGGCCAGGCGCCAGUCGUGCCCGCCAACCAGUUCUCCGUCUUCAUCGAGCCCGACGGCGAGGACAGCGAGGCCACGGUGCUCAACCCGGGCAUACCUCCGACCGACCGGCUGGGUGCGUGGGACUGGUCGUUCGUGGGCGAGGAGAGCUACUACAGCGCGCUCUUCCCUCGCGCGUGGACCGUCUACGACGAACCCGAGCCGCGGCUGCGCCUCACCUCUCGCCAGAUCUCACCCGUCAUAGGAAACAACUACAAAGAGAGCAGCUUGCCGGCGUGCGUCUUCGUGUGGACGCUCGAGAACCUGGACCAGGAGGACGAGAUCACCGCGUCGCUCAUGUUCACCUGGCAGAACGGCACCGGCGCCGCCUCCGACGCGCUGGGCGGCCACGCCAACACCCCCUUCACCCGACCGCACCCCGAACGUGUGGUGAUGGACCACACGCAGUGGCGCGUGGACGAGCGUGGAGGGAAGACGCACGCCUCGAGCGAGCCGCUGUCGUUCGCCAUCGCCGCGUCGUCGCCCGACAGCGACGCGCACAUCACCGUGCGCUCGUGCUGGGCCACCAACUCGGACGGGGCCGAGGUGUGGAAGGACUUCAAGCGGAGCGGCGCGCUGGAGGAGAACUGGGACGCCCUGGGCAAGGCCUCGCAGGAGGGCCAGACGCUCGGCGCCGCCAUCGCCGUCCGCGUGACGAUCCCACCCGGCGAACACAGACAGGUGGAGUUUGCGCUGGCGUGGGACCAUCCUGUGGUGGAGUUCGGAGCGGGUCGACGCUACACGCGGCGCUACACCCGCUUCUACUCGCAGCACGGCGACAGCGCAGCGCAGCUGGCCUGUGACGCCCUCGUGCAGUACCCGCAGUGGGAGCGCCUCAUCGAACAGUGGCAGGCCCCGAUUCUCGACGACAAACGCCUUCCCGGCUGCGGCGGCACGGUGUGGCUGCAGGACGAACUUUCGGCGAAGGAAGAGAAGCCACGACGAGAGAAGCGCGAGACCGAUGGCCAAGAGGAAGAGCAGAGCGACGUUGGCCGCUGGGCGUGCCUGGAGAGCCAAGAGCACCGGCUCUACAACGCCAGCGAUGCCCUCUUCUACGCCUCGUUUGCGCUCAUCGCCAACUGGCCGCAGCUGCAGCUCGCCCUGCAGAGAGAGGUCGCCGCGGCGACGCUGCGCGAGGACAGCAGAAUGGUGGACGUGUUGGCCACCGGCAGGCAGGCGCCCAACAAGGUGCGAGGAGCGGUGCCGUACGACAUGGGCACGCCCGCAGACGACCCCUGGGUGGCGCUCAACGCCUACAACAUACACGAAACCUCCUCUUGGAAGGGUAAGCUGGGCCUUCUCCCGGCUUCGCACCUCUCACCUUCCACCGAGCUCACCGAAGCCGCAGAUCUGAACAGCAAGUUCGUGCUCGGGGUCUACCGCGACUUUGUGGCGACGCAGGACAAGCGCUUCCUGGCCGAUGUGUGGCCCGCAGUCGACGCCGCCCUCCGCCACCUCCAGCAAUUCGACAGGAACAAGGACGGAAUGAUAGAGAACGAGGGCCUGCCCGACCAAACCUACCACAGCUGGACCGGUGGUCUGUGGGUGGCGGCCCUGAGCGCAGCGUGCGCCAUGGCCCAGGCACUGCAGCUGGCCGACGACUCGGUCGCCCAGCACUACCGCGACCUGCACCAAUCCGCGGCCCGCGUCUACAACGAGUCCUUGUGGAACCCCAGCGGCUAUUUCAACUAUGACACGUCGACGAGCACGCAUCACGACAGCAUCCAGGCCGAUCAGCUCUGCGGGCAGUGGUACGCUCGAGCGUGCGGCCUGCCCUCCAUCGCGCCGGACAAGCGGAUAGUCACCGCACUCAAGACCGUCUUUGCCAACAACUUCAACGAAGGCAAGCGAGGGGCGGUCAACGGCAUGCGACCGGACGGCAGAGUCGACUACGCGUGCCUGCACUCCUCCGAGGCGUGGCCCGGUACGACGUUCGCGCUGGCGGCGUGCAUGAUGGGCGAAGGGCUGGUCGACCAGGCCUUCAUCACCGCUGCCGGCGUCUGCGGGUCCAUCUACGAAGACCUGGGCUACUGGUUCCGCACGCCCGAGGCGUGGGAUGGGAGCGGCAACUAUCGAGCCCUGGGCCACAUGCGACCGCUCGCCAUCUGGGCCAUGCAAUGGGCCUGGACCCAGCGCAAUCACCGCCUCUCUUCUGCCUCCACACCAACGUCUUCAUGA